CCUCCCCGGAGGCGGCGGGGGCGGCCGGGGCCGCGCCGCACCGCACCGUGCGGGCGGCCAUGGAGCGAGCCUAGGGCCCGACAGGAAGUGUGGGAGGUGCUUCCGUGAAGAAACGGACGGACUGGUGCGUGUGCAAUCAUGGAAUCUCCUUGCUAGCCGUCAGCACCUACUCUCCUAGCUAGUGGGCGAGAGAGGGGUCAGCGAGAGGGAAACGAGGUCAACAUGAAGCUGAAGCAGCGCGUCGUGCUGUUAGCAGUUCUCCUCGUCAUCUUUAUCUUCACCAAAGUCUUCCUGAUUGACAACUUAGACACAUCAGCUGCCAACCGGGAGGACCAGAGGGCUUUUCACCGAAUGAUGGCUGGCUUGCGGGUGGAGCUGACACCCAAGCUGGACCACACCUUGCAGUCCCCCUGGGAGAUUGCAGCCCAGUGGGUGGUUCCCCGGGAAGUGUACCCGGAAGAGACACCAGAGCUUGGGGCAAUCAUGCAUGCCAUGGCCACCAAGAAAAUCAUUAAAGCUGACGUGGGUUAUAAGGGGACACAGCUGAAGGCCUUACUGAUCCUUGAAGGAGGCCAGAAGGUUGUGUUCAAACCUAAGCGGUACAGCCGAGACCAUGUGGUGGAGGGGGAACCAUACGCCGGUUACGAUAGGCACAACGCAGAGGUGGCAGCCUUUCAUUUGGACAGGAUCCUGGGUUUCCGCCGAGCGCCGUUGGUGGUUGGCAGGUUUGUCAAUCUGCGGACAGAGAUCAAGCCUGUGGCCACGGAGCAGCUGCUGAGCACCUUCCUCACUGCAGGUGAGGUUACAGGGAACAAUACUUGUUUCUAUGGGAAGUGUUACUACUGCCGAGAAACUGAGCCAGCCUGUGCCGACGGAGACAUGAUGGAAGGGUCUGUGACCCUGUGGCUUCCGGACGUGUGGCCUCUGCAGAAACACAGACACCCAUGGGGCAGAACCUAUCGAGAAGGCAAAUUGGCCAGGUGGGAAUACGAUGAGAGCUACUGUGAUGCUGUGAAGAAGACGUCCCCUUACGACUCUGGCCCGCGCCUCCUGGACAUCAUUGACACAGCCAUCUUUGAUUACCUGAUUGGCAAUGCCGACCGCCAUCACUACGAGAGCUUUCAGGACGACGAGGGCGCUAGUAUGCUUAUCCUUCUCGACAAUGCCAAAAGCUUUGGGAACCCUUCGCUGGAUGAGAGAAGCAUCCUUGCCCCUCUCUAUCAGUGCUGCAUCGUUCGGGUUUCCACCUGGAACAGACUGAACUACCUGAAGAAUGGCGUGCUGAAGUCUGCCUUACAGUCUGCCAUGGCGCACGACCCCAUCUCCCCAGUGCUGUCCGAGCCUCACCUGGACGCCAUGGACCAGCGGCUCCUCAGCAUCUUGGCCACCGUGAAGCAGUGCACUGACCAGUUUGGCAUGGACACUGUGCUGGUGGAAGACAGGAUGCCUCUCUCCCACUUGUAAUCCUCCACACGAAACAAGUGGAAACUUCUUUAUACAAAGAUAGAGAAAGAGCACAAUCAAUUCCACGUGGGCCGAGACGGAUUGGACGUGGCCAGCAGCAAGUUCCGUGCCGGGGUCAGGGUGGCCUUGGGCAUCUGUGGCAUCUGUGCAGUACAAGCGGCGGCAGAGAGCACAGGGGGCGGAGCACGGCGAGCUUCUGGCCGAGUCACCGCCUGCCGGCCCCUGCAUCACCCCGCCCAGCAGUGGGCCUCAGCGCUGGUCAGUCCUCGCUCCGUGGCAAAGGACAAACCGAGGUGUGGCGUGGGGAUAGGCGGAUGCGGGAACUGCUCUGGGAUUGGAGUGUGUGUUGUUAGUUUGACCUUGGCAGUUCUGUGUCCACGCCUGUGGGUUUCAUGGAAACACUUUGCAAUCUCUUGCAUCUUUUUUUUUUUUUUUUUUU